ACACCUUUGGCUGUGGAGUUUCCCAGUGUAGACAGACUUCACCCUGAGCCCAUCCUAAAAUAGGAGGGGAUGGGCCAAAACAAAAACUGACUCCAGACCGACAAAAUCUGUCAGUCCAGAGAGUAAUGAGUUAGAAGAACAGAGACUUGGACUUGAAGGGAUAGACAGUUGAUUUCCUGACACAUUUUCGAGAAGCACCCAGGAGAACUGUGACUUUGAAGACUAUUAUUUUGUUACAUCUACCUCGAAUCUGGACAUAUUACUCAGUCAUAUUUCAGUACAGCUGUCUAGCAUUGACAGAAAACCUGGUGGAGUGUUUUGUUCUUUCAAAACCACAGGCGAUAUCAGCACUGUUUGUGUCAGACUGUCGGCUGAAAGACUGAGCAGCAUGUCAGAGGAGGUGAAGCCAGAGAGCGUGUCGCUCUGUCCUCUAGGCACAGCAGCUGCCCCGGAGCCAGAGCUGCUGUGUAUUUUUGGGACAGGGGACUUGGGGCGCUCUCUGGGCCAGCGUCUGCUCCAGUCGGGCUACAGAGUGGUAUAUGGCAGCCGCAGACCUCACAGCUGUGGCCCCUUGCCUCAGGGAACUCAGGUGAUGAGCCAUGCAGAAGCAGCCCAGUCAGCCAGUCUGGUGUUUAUUUGUAUUCACAGAGAGAACUAUGACUUCCUGGAGACACUUGCACCUCAACUCAUGGGGAAGGUGCUGGUGGACGUCAGCAACAACCUCAAGAAGAAUCUAUAUCCUGAGGCCAAUGCCGAGUAUCUGCAAAGGCUGAUCCCUGGAGCUCAUGUGGUGAAAGCUUUUAACACUUUGUCGGCUUGGGCCCUGCAGAAUGGACCCUCAGAUGCCAACAGACAGGUGUACCUGUGUGGAAACAGUGCUGAGGCGAAGCAGGCAGUAGCGGAGACAUCCACCAAACUGGGCUUCACUGUUCUGGACAGGGGGUCUUUGUCUGCAGCCAGAGAACUGGAGGACUUCCCCCUGCAGCUGUUCCCAGAGUGGAGGCUGCCACUACGUCUGGCCUUUGGUCUCACCGUCGUCCUCUUCAUUUAUGUGGUCAUUAGAGAUGUCAUCUACGCGUAUGUUGUACAGGGGAAAGACAUCUCCUUCAGAAUCAUGGUGUCCUUGGCCAACAGGGUGUUUCCCGUUGUGUCGCUCAUCAUGUUGUCUCUGUGUUACCUGCCUGGUGUCAUAGCUGGUUUCCUUCAGCUCUACAGAGGAACAAAAUACAGGCGUUUCCCUGACUGGCUAGAUCGCUGGAUGCUGUGCAGGAAACAGCUGGGACUGCUAGCACUUGCCUUUGCCUUUCUACAUGUGCUCUACACCCUCAUCAUCCCCAUAAGAUAUUAUGUGAGAUACAAAAUUGGUGAAAGUACCAUCUCAAAGAUGAGGGAGAACCGUACAUCAGUGUUUGACACCACCACCGCCUGGCGUAGUGACUCUUACUAUGCAAUGGGGAUUCUGGGAUUUGGCGUGUAUCUCCUGUUGGGAAUAACCUCUCUACCCUCUGUCAGCAAUGCUCUCAGCUGGAGAGAGUUCAACUUCAUACAGUCGAAGCUGGGCUACCUCACAUUGUUCCUCUGUACCUUUCACACCUACCUGUACGGCUGGAGCAAGUUCCUUUAUCCCUCUUCCUACAAAUGGUACACUCCUCCGGCCUACAUGCUCAGUCUGGUGUUGCCUUCUGCAGUGAUGGUGCUCAAGCUGCUGCUCCUCCUGCCCUGCGUGGACCGCACCCUCACCCGCAUUCGACAGGGCUGGGAGAGGACUGAUCCAGAGGAUGUCAGCAAGAAGUUGCUGCUAACAUAGGGCUAUUACAAUAACAGACAAAAAACAUUGGUAUUCACAGAAAACAGACUCAAAGACAAUCCUUGAGAUUUAUAAGCUCCGUCAUCUGGUAACCUCACUUCCUUGUUUUGGAUGCCUUCGGUCCAAGACUAUAGGCUACAGUUGUUCUGCUCUCCAUUGUAAACACAUUCCACAGAGAAAAAUCAUUCAGUCUCUUUAUGUAAUCAUGUUGGAAUUGUUCCAUUUUGUAAACAUAGCAUAUAAUACAACAGCACUGUAUAGGUUUUCUUGAGUUACACAAAUACCCUGGACCUGCAUUGAGAAUCAUAGAUGCAUGUUAAAACUGCUAUGCUGCAUUUCCGGCAGCUGCCCUUCUCUGUUGUAAGCUCAUGUCUUUUUCUCCUCUAGAGUUUCAUAAUUGCACUAUACACAUGUACAGUCAGUACUGUUACAGACUCUGACUCAGAGACGGGCAACUUUGUUGUAUUUCCUUAUAAUCAGCAGCGACCAUUUGACAGAUUUGUAUAUCUUUGACUUUCUCAACAACCUUGAGCUACUGUAUAUGGUGGCUAAUGUUUAUUGGACAAACUUCAUAUAUUUUUCUGCUACUUUGUGUUCUCACUAAAGUGUUAUCACUGUAAAAUGCUAUUCAAAGUAAACUUCAUUUUGACUGAA